UUAAUAUGUAAUUUAAUCAUUUGGAAAAACUUUGUCGAAAUCAUCUUACAUAUUACAACGGAAGCAAAGCCAAUCUCUUUAACUUUUUUUUUCUUAAGUUUACGAGUCGAUGGCUCAAUAUUGCGAUCCGUUCUCUGCUCAGGCCUGUCCGAAUCCAGAGGUGUUAGUUGAUCGUAUUCAGCUCAUUCCCGCCAGCCACUUCGAACAACAGUGCAGAAAGCACGACGCCUAUUUUAAAUGUAUGUACAAAUACGGAGGAUCUUGCGAUGCACAUUCACGGUUGAAGUGGGAACCUCUUCGAUUUCAAACAGAUUUUAUCUGCGGUACUGGUAAAACAGCCUACCUGAAUCACGCUGACUGCUGGUCCAACUCGACAAGUGGGAAACUCGUGGACUGCAGCCGGGACUUUCAGGACGACAUCUUCGGCGAACCGUGUGGGGCAUUAACAAAGUACGUAUCGUGUGCUGAAGCAAGUAUCAGUAGUGUGUGCAGAAAAGGGGCAGAGGAGGUCAUGAAGAACAUGGCCGAGAAGUACACGUACCCGAUGCGGCGUGCAUUUAAGUGUCUCGUCGAGGCGGAGCAAGAUGCGGUAACAACAGAGGUCAUAUCAACUGACAGUCACGUGGACAUCUUGAACAACGUUAACACCAUAUCAGAUUUUCUUACGACCGUCACGGCGUCGACCCAAGCUCCAGACGUCAGUACGUCAUCUGGUGAUGUAACGACUGAUACUGUCCCACAGAACACUUCCGUGUGGACUGGUACCACACCAUAUGACAGUUCAGCAAAUAGUCAGCACCAAACGGUUUCAGCAUUGUACAUAACCUUUUUUGCUAAUUUCUGCAUUGCUACUGUUCGUAUGUUUUGUUCAAGUUAAGUAAACAAACAAAUAAAACUAAGCAAACUAAACCAAAACAAAACAAAACAAGAAACAAAAAAGCCUCCGAUAAUUUGAAAUUUGCGUAAACCAGUUAUGGGUUAUUGACAAAUAAAA